AUGAUGGAGGACGGGCCCCACAACUCCAGCGGAGGCCAGCGCGGAUGGUUGGCAGCCAGGAACGGCAGCGGCGGCUCCUUGGAUCUGGAGUCUGUGGUGCGACCUGUUGCCUUGAACCCGUGGGAUGUCGCCCUGUGCAUCUCAGGGACCAUUAUCUCCUGCGAGAACGCCAUCGUGGUGGUGGUCAUCUUCUACACACCAACUUUCCGCGCUCCCAUGUUCCUCCUCAUUGGCAGCUUGGCCACAGCCGAUCUUCUGGCUGGCUUGGGGCUGAUCCUGCAUUUUGCCUUUAUCUACUUCAUGCCGUCGGAGGCUGUCAGCCUGCUCACCGUGGGGCUCCUCGUCACCUCUUUCACGGCCAGCGUCAGCAGCUUGUUGACCAUCACCAUUGACCGCUACCUGUCCCUCUACAACGCCCUGACCUACUACUCGGAGAGGACGGUCACCAGGACUUACAUCAUGUUGAUCCUGACCUGGGGAGCCUCUGUCUGCUACGGGCUCCUGCCCGUCAUGGGCUGGAACUGCCUGAAGGCCCCCUCGGCGUGCAGUGUCGUGAAGCCUCUCACCAAGAACCACCUCGUCAUCCUCUCCGUCUCCUUCUUCAUGGUGUUCGCCGUGAUGCUGCAGCUCUACGUGCAGAUCUGCAGGAUCGUGUGCCGGCACGCGCAGCAGAUCGCCGUGCAGAGACACUUCCUGGCCAGCUCCCACUACGUCACCACGCGAAAGGGCAUCGCCACCUUGGCCGUCAUCCUGGGCACCUUCGCCUCGUGCUGGCUGCCCUUUGCCAUCUACUGCCUGCUGGGGGAUUACAGCUACCCGGCCCUCUACACAUACGUCACCCUUCUCCCCGCCACCUACAACUCCAUGAUCAACCCCGUGAUUUACGCCUUCAGGAACCAAGAGAUCCAGAAAGUCCUAUGGACCGUGUGCUGCGGGUGCUUCUCUUCCACGAUGCCUUUCCGCUCCAGGUCCCCCAGUGACGUGUAG